AUGACUCUCCCACCAGGAUAUCUGCUGAGUACCUUGCAUUUCUUCUGGACUAUACGCGAUACUGACACCCUCGACAGGCUCUGCUCUGAUUUUGGGGCAGCAAGGUAUUCAACUAAUGCCAAAACGGACACUACGGUCAUAUCAGGCCUAGGUCCAGGUCAAAGACCGUCGCCGUAUCCCGGCCGUGUACACGCCAGCAGUCUAUUGAUGGCCUUGCACGUCGUUGUUUUCGCUCUCUACGUCGGACUCUGUAUUGUGUGGGCGAUGGGUCUAGAACAAAGAAUACUAGUGGCAUUUACGAGCGCCUCGCAUGUUCAGACCUGGAUCAAUCUGAUCAGCCACCUGAUUAUGCUGUUGCUCUCAAUCGUGCUUGUAGCACUCAUGCAAUCUCAUGCGACUCGAUCUCCCUUCGCCAACCUUCCUCAACCCUUGACAUCGCUAUCCGACAAGAUCUCUUCAUGGAGCGGGUUGGGCUCCGCCUUGCUCAAUCUCUAUCACAACCUGAGUUUCCCUACAACCCUCGGCAACGCCAUUCUCAGCACGACGUACUUCGCGACACUCUCCGGGCUCGGUAUAAGCUCUUCCUUCCUGUUCACCGUGCCGGCCGCCAACGAAACCAUUUCUCACAAUGUGACAACACUGAUCGGUUCGCCGUCCGUACUCGGGAUGAUCCCACCCGGGAGUAACGUCUCCGGUAUACCCUCCGACUUCACGAACCUUACAUUCAACUGGUAUCGCUCCGGGAUGGGCGUUGGCGUGCUCAACAGCGUCAACACGACCGUUUUUCCGGGCUUGGUCGCCAAUCGGGUCUACGACACUCUUCUUGAACCCUGGCCCGCAUCUUCCAACGCAACUGCCACCGUCGGGUUCACCGACUUCAAUGUCAAAUGCGGAAGCGUGCCGGGUCUGAACGCCUCCGCGAGCUACUCCCGCGCACAGAACAGCCAAUUCAGCGACGGUCUCUCCCCAGGGACGGCGGCUGAUGACCGCUACCCCGCUCUACUCUCGAUGCACUACAACCUUGGCCCAUAUGCGAUGUCAGUCUAUGACGUGUUGUCAGUCUCUUCUUCCGAACGCGCUGUCAGCCGGCUGUGGCAGCCUGCAGAUAUACUGCUGCGUAUACCAGAUAGCAGUGUCGUGCCAGGGCUCGGGCGCAACAUCAUCAUGUACAACAUCUACAACGAGACUGGAGAGGUAUCCGGAAGCCAGCCGAUCCGCGAUGUCCAGAAUGCGACGGGCUCAUCUGAGUCUACUCUAGUUCAAUCCCUUCAUAUCUCAGAGGAACCGGGGUCUUCCUCCGCACCACCGCAAGUGGGGGAGGGCGCGCCCACGGCCAGUCUGAUGAUUCAGACCAUCGGGUGCUCCCUGUCAACCAGCACAGGGUUUGCUAGUCUGGACGCCGCAACGAAUCAGCUUCUCGAUCUCCCGGGCGCGGCGAUGGGCGCAGCUUCGCAUAGCAACUGGUCGGACUGGCAGCCAGACUUGACAAACUCCAAUGCACUGGAGGAUACAUGGGCGACCAUGCUUCUCCCCAAUAAGGGCUCGAUCGGACUAUGGGACGGACAACCAGUGCAACCAAGCCCGUUGUGGUCAUGCCUCUCCUACCAGUACGAUUGGGAUACGGCCAAUAUCAGCACCUUCAAUACGGUGGAUCUGGCAAGGAUAUACAGCACUUGUCAUGUGCCUACGGUCGUCGAAGACUACCUCACGACGCGCCUAUUUGGGGCAGUGGCCUCGCGCGACGAACAAGGCGACGCAGUGCGAGUCUCAUCCUCAGCCGACGCGACCCUGAGCGCCCUUGAAUCCGCCCUCGCAGGCCUGACUGCUAUGACGAUGUGGUCUGCGGCGAGGACGAAUACCCUCAUGGUGACGUACGCGCCCGCAACAAGGCGGCUCAGCAAUGCAACUGGCGAGAUUGCACUCCUCCCCUCGACCAUUCUUGCGCCGUUCAAUGGGUCGACCCAAGUCGUCGAACGGGUCCUAGUGGGGCGCAUAACAUUCAACGUCCCAGCACUACUCGUCGGGACGAUCUUGGCCGCGAUCCUGGCCAUAUUGGGUGUCUACAUUCUCGCCAGCGGUGAUGCAGCGCGUAUGAGAGAUGCGCCCAUCAACGAUGCCGGCCUCUUGAGUCUCAUGGCUCUGGAUAACUCGGCCGUUGCGGAACGUCUGUCUUUAUCAAGCCUGGAUAGCGUGAAGGUGCGGCGGCGGGCGGGAGCAUCUCUGGUGGAGAUUGUGGACGGUCGGCUGGUGCCGGUCGAGAAGACGACGUCGUAG